AUGGGUUUUCCUCCGUCGCGGUGGGGGUCGCUCCGGCCGGCUGGAAAAAUGAAAUUAACGGGCCGGCUCGGUCCUUUCCUCCUUUUCGACACCGACGCGGCAUUCGGUAAAGAAAAAGACAAAGAGAAGAAGUUAGAUGAUGACAGCACCAGUACCACAGUCCCUCAGUCAGCUUUCUUGGGCCCAACGUUAUGGGACAAGACACUGCCAUACGAUGGAGACACUUUCCAGUUGGAAUACAUGGACCUGGAAGAAUUCCUCUCAGAAAAUGGCAUUCCACCCAGCCCAAACCAGCAUGAGCAUAGCCCACACCAGUCAGGUCUCCAGCAAGCUACCUCAGCAUCACCUUCUGUCAUGGACCUCAGCAGCAGGGCUUCUACUUCAGUCCACCCAGGCAUGGUGUCGCAGAACUGCAUGCAGAGCCCGGUCAGACCAGGUCAGAUCUUGCCAACAAACCGAAACACACCGAGUCCUAUUGAUCCUGAGACUAUCCAAGUUCCCGUUGGCUACGAACCUGACCCUGCAGAUCUUGCUCUUUCCAGUAUUCCUGGCCAGGAGAUGUUUGACCCUCGUAAGCGCAAAUUCUCUGAGGAAGAGCUGAAACCACAACCGAUGAUUAAGAAAGCUCGCAAAGUCUUCAUUCCAGAUGACCUGAAGGAUGACAAAUACUGGGCAAGGCGCAGAAAGAACAACAUGGCUGCUAAGCGAUCGAGGGAUGCCCGCCGCCUGAAGGAGAACCAGAUCGCCAUCCGCGCCUCGUUUCUGGAGAAGGAGAACUCGGCUCUCCGCCAAGAGGUGGCCGACUUACGGAAAGAGCUGGGCAAAUGCAAGAACGUCCUUGCAAAGUACGAAGCUCGACACGGCCCCCUGUAAAUUCAAGGGGGGGAAGUGGGUCUUUUUCUUUUUUCUUUUUUUUUUUUUUUGUUGUUGCAGGUUGGCAUUUGAAUAGAUGGACAAUGUGUUUCCUGUUUGAUAGCACCACACCCAAACCAACCUUUCUGUCUUCAGCACUUUACCAGAAGCAGAAACAAAACUGACUUACUUUAUUUUUUUUGUUUGCGUAUGCGUGUACCUGCGUAUGUGUGCACACGUGUCUGUAUCUGUGUGCUUGUGUGUAUGUGUGUGCGUGUGUGUGUCUGUGCGUGCGCACGCGUCUCAGCACUUCCCAUUUUUAUGAAGCCCUCUUCAGAGGGUGCCACAUUUUUACCUGGACUGUUGAGAACCGCCAUAGUAAGCUUUUUAUUAUAUUUUUUCAGAGCUGCUUCAGACUACGGUUUUUAUGUUAUUGUAACCAGCUCCAUCCUCCUGAUUUACUUGGAAAGAUCCCAGUAUAAAUUAUAAAAAAAGGAAAAAAAAAAAGAAAAAAGAAAAAAAGUAGAUCUCAGUUUUUCGAGAGUAACAAGCUAUUGUUUAAGUAUGUCUAAUCAGAAAAGUUAACAUGCUAAUAAAGUGCACAAAUAAUAAUUUAGUACUACACUGCAGAAAUAUUAAUUUAUAGAUUGCUUUUGUUGUAUUUUAAGUUUUGGUGAUAAUUGUCUUCAGAUUUAAAGUGCUGUUAGACUGAGUUAGCUAUACUCAUUAUAGAUCCCAUAAUGGCUUAUCUAUAGCUAUUAAGGUUCCUUUCCUUUCCACAGACCCCAGAUAGCUAGGAGUACUAUUGAUAGACCACAGAGUGUGUAUUUUGCACUGUCUGUACCUGAAGCAAUAAUCCUAUUGUACGCUAGCGCGCAUGCUGCCCGGGUGUUCCUAGUGGACGUAGGAUGGUUUCCCUACCCAACAGGAGUUUUAAUGUCGUUAACAAAAAAAUUAAGACAUAAAAGACACAUUAAUGUGAGCAUGCUAAUUGUAUCCCUGCUGCAGGGAGCGCAUGUAUAAGAAGCAGGAUAAUUAGUUGAAACAAGAAAAAAAUUAAUAGUAUCAAAUCAGAUCCGAUGUUGAAAUCAGAGGGGCUUUUUUUUUUUUUGUUUUCAGUUAGUUUUGCCUUUCUUCAAGUUCCCUUUUGUGAUUAAAAAUUAAAUAAAUACCUAAAUUCAGUUGUUUUUUUUCCCACGUUUUGUAAUAUAGUUUCUGUGGAUUAUAUCUUGCUGUUUAAAAAUCACUUUUAUUCAGUUAGAAAAAGUCACUGGUUUGCGAAGCCCAUCUUUCCUAGUGAUUGUUGUUUUGAGUGUGACAUGAACUGAUGGUUCUGAACUUUAUUAUAUUUUAAUCUCUCUAUUUACUUUUGAACAUGUAUGUUCUAAUAUAAAGUGGACUUCUGAAAAAUGAAUGUAAGAGACACUGGUGUAUUUCAGAAGGGGAUGGUGUUGUCAUAUACUGUGGUUAAUCCAAUCAAUCUAAGUGUUUACUAUAGACCAAAAGAAUAGAUAUUAUAAAAUGUAUAAAGUUUAUACAGAAUAAUUAUAGUAUGUUUGUUUUGUACAGUAUUUUUCAAGUACAAAUACUGACAAUGUAUUUUGAAAGACAUAUAUUAUAUAUAGCAAAAAGAAAAAGCUAUUCCAUGUUUAAAAUAUAUAGCAAAGAUAGAUAUAUAUUCUCCAAUAUUGUACAGAAAGGAAAUGCUUAGGGUUUUUUUUUUUUUUAAAUCAUCAUCUUUAAUAUUUUAAGCCUACCACUGGCACAUCGGUAUGUUUUGUGCUUUAAAUUAAAUUUUUAUGGAAGUAAUAUGGCUUUCCAGGGGGUUCCGUAUUACUAGAAAAAAAGAGACUUUAUUAUUUUCCACAACACAGAUUUUAAUCAACUCUUGAUUGGACAAUACAACAUUUUGCAAAGGCAGAAAAAUACUAUAUAGUACAAAAAACUCGCAUUAAUUUCUAAUCUGCUGCUGCUGCUAGAAUUUGUUUCCAGCUGAAUUUUUUAUGUUAAUUAAUCGCUCUGUUCAUUUAUACAGUUGUAUGUAUGUACUGCAUACAUUUAUUAACAUGUGAGGAAAAUAUGGUGCUACAUGUCUUGCUCACGGUUUUUUGAGUGUUUUGGCAUUAUUUUCAAAAAACAGGUUGUUCAUUCCAUUAAAUCGUUAUUCAUGCUUCAGGAGAUGAUUGUUACAGAGGACUCAACGUUUUGUUCAGCAUUAAGCGUAUCCUUGCAUCAAUGGCAUUUUUUUUUUUUCCCCCAAUAUUUUUUCCUCAAAAGGACCCAGCUUGUCCGUGUCCCGUAACGUGCAGUACUUGCCUGUGGACCAUUUAUUCAGUAAACUGAAUUUCCAUGUGCUGCAGCAAAGUUUAAAGUGUAGUAAGUUAUUUUUCUGAAGGUCAGUAUAAGCCAGUGGAUGCAAGAGUAGAGAGAUGAGACUGAGCGUGUUUGAUACAAGUCAGUAGAUCCACCAUGAAAGAAACUUUUUUUUUUUUCUUUUUCCUUUGGCGUAGGUUUUUUGCCAGUGGCAGGGGGCAGGCAGCCCCUACCGUGGAUACACUUUCAGCAGCAACAUAGCACAGCAUUGCCAGCGCCAGCGCUGUGGUUAUUCCUGGGGUGACACUUCAACGGCAGAACUUGUGGGUGUGAAAUGAGCUGUCGUGUAAAGAGCUAGACCCAUUCAUGGGUUGCGUUGUGACCACAAAACAGUCAGUAAAACCUAAAAGGCAAC